GGAACUGAACACCAAGUGCGUGGUGGAGAUGGAAGGGAAUCAAACGGUCCUGCACCCUCCUCCUGCUAACACCAAACAGGGAGAAAGGAAACCUCCCAAGGUAUUUGCCUUUGAUUAUUGCUUUUGGUCCAUGGAUGAAUCUAAUACUACAAAAUAUGCUGGUCAAGAAGUGGUUUUCAAGUGCCUUGGGGAAGGAAUUCUUGAAAAAGCCUUUCAAGGGUAUAAUGCUUGUAUUUUUGCAUAUGGACAGACAGGUUCAGGAAAAUCCUUCUCCAUGAUGGGCAGUGCUGAGCAGCUGGGCCUUAUUCCAAGGCUCUGCUGUGCUUUAUUUAAAAGGAUCUCUCUAGAGCAAAAUGAGUCACAGACCUUUAAAGUCGAAGUAUCCUAUAUGGAAAUUUAUAAUGAGAAAGUGCGGGAUCUUUUAGACCCCAAAGGGAAUAGACAGUCUCUUAAAGUUCGAGAGCAUAAAGUUUUGGGACCAUAUGUAGACGGUUUAUCCCAGCUGGCUGUCACUAGUUUUGAGGAUAUUGAGUCAUUGAUGUCUGAGGGAAAUAAGUCUCGGACGGUAGCUGCGACCAACAUGAAUGAGGAAAGCAGCCGCUCCCAUGCUGUGUUCAACAUCGUAAUCACACAGACACUUUAUGACCUGCAGUCCGGGAACUCGGGAGAGAAGGUCAGUAAGGUCAGCCUGGUGGACCUGGCGGGUAGUGAAAGAGUGUCCAAAACAGGAGCUGCAGGAGAGCGACUCAAAGAAGGCAGCAACAUUAACAAGUCACUUACAACCUUGGGGUUGGUGAUAUCAUCACUGGCUGACCAGGCAGCUGGCAAGGGCAAAAACAAAUUUGUGCCUUACCGAGAUUCAGUCCUCACUUGGCUUCUUAAGGACAAUUUGGGAGGCAACAGUCAGACCUCUAUGAUAGCCACCAUUAGCCCAGCAGCAGACAACUACGAAGAGACCCUCUCCACCUUGCGAUAUGCAGAUCGAGCCAAAAGGAUCGUUAACCACGCCAUCGUGAAUGAGGACCCCAAUGCCAAAGUCAUCCGGGAACUGCGCGAGGAAGUAGAGAAACUGAAGGAGCAGCUCUCGCAGGCUGAGGCUAUGAAGGCCCCUGAACUGAAAGAGAAGCUCGAGGAGUCUGAAAAGCUGAUCAAAGAGCUAACAGUGACUUGGGAAGAGAAGCUGAGGAAAACAGAAGAAAUCGCACAGGAGAGACAACGACAACUCGAAAGUAUGGGGAUUUCCCUGGAGACGUCGGGUAUCAAGGUCGGGGAUGACAAGUGCUACUUAGUCAACCUGAACGCAGACCCUGCUCUCAAUGAACUUCUGGUUUAUUAUUUAAAGGACCAUACCAGGGUGGGUGCAGAUACGUCACAGGACAUCCAGCUAUUUGGGAUAGGAAUUCAGCCGGAGCACUGUGAGAUAGAUAUUGCGUCUGAUGGCGAUGUUACUCUGACUCCGAAAGAAAAUGCAAGGUCCCGUGUGAAUGGCACUCUUGUGUGCAGCACCACCCAGCUGUGGCACGGUGAUCGAAUCCUCUGGGGAAAUAACCACUUUUUUAGAAUUAAUUUACCUAAGAGGAAACGGCGAGAUUGGUUGAAAGACUUUGAAAAGGAGGCAGGCCCACCAGAGCAUGACCUGGACGCAGCCAGUGAAGCUUCCUCCGAACCAGACUAUAACUAUGAAUUUGCACAGAUGGAAGUUAUCAUGAAAACCCUGAAUAGUAAUGACCCAGUGCAAAAUGUGGUUCAGGUGCUGGAGAAACAGUACCUGGAGGAGAAGAGGAGUGCCCUCGAGGAGCAGCGGCUCAUGUAUGAGCGGGAGCUGGAGCAGCUCCGUCAGCAGCUGUCCCCGGAGCGGCGGCCCCCGAGCAGCGGCCCUGACCGCCUGGCCUACAGCGGCCAGACGGCUCAACAGAAGGUGACCCAGUGGGCAGAGGAGAGGGAUGAGCUCUUCCGUCAAAGCCUGGCAAAGCUGCGCGAGCAGCUCGUGAAAGCUAAUACCUUGGUAAGGGAGGCAAACUUCUUAGCUGAGGAAAUGAGCAAGCUCACUGACUACCAAGUGACUCUGCAGAUCCCUGCCGCAAACCUCAGCGCCAAUAGGAAGAGAGGAGCCAUCGUGAGUGAGCCAGCUAUUCAAGUGAGGAGGAAAGGAAAGGGCACCCAAGUUUGGACCAUUGAGAAGCUGGAGAAUAAAUUAAUUGAUAUGAGAGAUCUUUAUCAAGAAUGGAAGGAAAAAAUUCCUGAGGCAAAGCGUCUCUAUGGGAAACGAGGUGACCCUUUCUAUGAAGCCCAAGAGAAUCACAACCUAAUUGGUGUCGCUAAUGUGUUCUUGGAGUGUCUCUUCUAUGAUGUGAAACUUCAGUAUGCAGUUCCUAUCAUCAGCCAGCAGGGGGAGGUUGCCGGGCGUCUCCACGUGGAAGUGAUGCGAGUGACAGGGGCCGUCCCGGAGCGCGUGGCGGAGGAUGACUCCUCAGAGAACUCCAGCGAAGGCGGGAGCCUUGAAGUCGUGGACAACAGUGGGGAGGUCGUUCACCGAGUCAGGAAACUGACGUGCCGGGUAAAAAUUAAAGAGGCAACUGGGCUGCCCUUAAACCUCUCAAAUUUUGUCUUCUGUCAAUACACAUUCUGGGACCAGUGUGAAUCUACGGUGGCGGCCCCAGUGGUGGACCCCGAGGUGCCUUCCCCUCAGUCCAGGGACGCCCAGUACACCGUCACUUUCUCUCAUUGUAAGGACUACGUGGUGACGGUGACAGAGGAGCUCCUGGAGUUCCUGUCCGACGGAGCCCUGGCCAUUGAGGUGUGGGGCCACCGCUGUGCUGGGAACGGCCGCUCUGUCUGGGAAGUCGACUCCCUUCAUGCGAAGACGAGAACGUUGCAUGACAGGUGGAAUGAGGUAACACGGAGAAUAGAGAUGUGGCUCUCCAUACUGGAAUUGAACGAGCUAGGAGAAUACACAGCAGUGGAGCUUCACCAGGCAAAGGAUGUCAACACGGGAGGCAUCUUCCAACUCAGACAGGGUCAUUCCCGGAGGGUGCAAGUCACAGUGAAACCCGUGCAGCAUUCCGGGACGCUACCACUCAUGGUCGAAGCCAUCCUGUCUGUCUCCAUUGGUUGUGUCACUGCCAGGUCCACCAAGCUGCAGAGAGGGCUGGACAGUUACCAGAGAGAUGAUGAGGAUGGUGAUGAUAUGGAUAGUUAUCAGGAAGAAGACUUAAACUGUGUGAGAGAGAGGUGGUCUGACGCACUCAUCAAACGACGAGAGUACUUAGAUGAGCAGAUUAAAAAAGUCAGCAAUAAAAAAGAGAAGACGGAGGACGACGUGGAGCGGGAAGCCCGGCUUGUGGAGCAGUGGGUGGGCCUGACCGAGGAGAGAAACGCCGUGCUGGUGCCUGCCCCCGGCAGCGGGGUUCCGGGGGCGCCCGCCCACUGGGUCCCACCACCUGGAAUGGAAACUCACAUACCGGUUCUCUUCCUUGAUCUGAACGCCGAUGACCUCAGUGCUAACGAGCAGCUCGUGGGCCCCCACGCGUCGGGCGUCAACUCCAUCCUGCCCAAGGAGCACGGCAGCCAGUUUUUCUACCUGCCCAUCAUAAAGCACAGUGAUGAGGAGGUUUCAGCCACAGCCUCCUGGGACUCCUCAGUGCAUGAUUCCGUUCACCUGAAUAGGGUCACGCCGCAGAACGAAAGGAUUUACCUGAUAGUGAAAACCACGGUCCAGCUCAGCCACCCGGCUGCUAUGGAGUUAGUAUUACGAAAACGGAUUGCAGCCAAUAUUUACAACAAACAGAGCUUCACCCAGAGUCUGAAGAGGAGAAUAUCAUUGAAGAAUAUAUUUUAUUCCUGUGGUGUAACCUAUGAAAUAGUAUCCAAUAUACCAAAGGCAACAGAGGAGAUUGAGGACCGGGAAACACUGGCUCUCAUGGCAGCAAGGAGUGAAAAUGAAGGCACUUCAGAUGGGGAGACCUACAUAGAGAAAUACACGCGUGGCGUGCUGCAGGUGGAGAACAUUCUGAGCCUUGAACGGCUCCGGCAGGCGGUCACGGUCAAAGAAGCUCUGUCCACCAAAGCUCGGCACCUGAGGAGGAGUCUCAGCACACCGAACGUUCAUAAUGUCUCCUCCAGUCGACCAGACCUUUCUGGCUUUGAUGAAGAUGAUAAGGGUUGGCUAGAGAACCAAUUAGACAUGUCUGACUAUAGCUCCAGUUACCAAGAUAUAGCCUGUUACGGAACUUUACCCAGGGAUUCGCCUCGAAGGAGUAAAGAAAGUAGUGGUUGUCCAUCAGAGAACCCCCACGCCUUAACAGUCAGUCCUUUUAAAGCAUUCUCUCCCCAGCCACCAAAGUUUUUCAAACCCUUAAUGCCUGUAAAGGAGGAACAUAAGAAAAGGAUAGCCCUUGAAGCGAGGCCGCUCCUCAGCCAGGAGAGCAUGCCUUCACCUCAGGCACAUAGCCCGGGCUGCACUGUGCCCUCCGGAAGCGAGGGCAGCAGCAUACCAGUAGAGCACAGUAGCAAGCACGAGAAGGAGAUUGACUCUGAGGAGGAGGAAAAUGAUCUGGAAGCUCUUAACAGGAAGCUGAUAAGUUCGCAGCCUUACGUACCUGUGGAGUUUGCGGACUUCAGUGUUUACAACGCCAGCUUGGAGAACAGGGAGUGGUUUUCUCCUAAAGUCGAUCUGAUGAACUCAAGGGUCUUGGAGAAAGAAGUGUCCCGUAGCCCCACGACCAGCAGUAUUACCAGCGGCUACUUUUCCCACAGUGCCUCCGAUGCCACACUGUCUGACAUGGCGGUCCCUUCCAGCGACAGCUCGGACCAGCUAGCCAUGCAGGCAAAGGAUGCGGACUCCAGUGAGCAUCACGGACCGUCGCUUGCGCACGAUUUCAGACCGUCCUCAAACAAAGAGUUGACAGAACUAGAAAGAGGCCUGGGGAAAGAGAAGAUAAUUUUGGUGCCCCUCAAGGAGAACAGUGCCUUAGCCAAAGGGAGCCCAUCGCCCCAAAGCAUCCCUGAGAAAAACCCCCAAAUCCUCUGUAGGACUGGCUCCUGUUCCGAACAAGAUGCCUGCUCCAGCAGAAAUGGCCAGCCAGCCAGAGAAUUUUACCCCGGGGAAGUGACCGUAGAACACACCACAAAUAUCCUUGAGGACCAUUCUUUCACAGAGUUUAUGGGUGUAUCCGAUGGGAAAGAUUUUGACGGUUUGACAGACUCUUCUGCUGGAGAGCUUUCAAGUAGAAGAAACCUACCCAGGAAAAUGGACCAGAAGAGUAUCGCCGACGGGCCGCAGGGCCCUGCCCAGCUGCAUUCCUCGGCGGAGAGUGACCAGGGCAGCACGACCGCUCGGUGAAAGGCAGCCCGUGCUGCCCCGCAGGCCAUGGCAUCUUUGCUCCGGUUGCCUUGUGGAAGCACCAGCCGCACCUUUAAACCGUACCGCGGCCCAGCCGGGGACCUCCGACCAGCGUGGAGAAGCCGUGUGCUUCGUGGGCCACCUACUUUCUCCUCCCGAGCUGGGAGCAGCGGCACUUUGUCACGCAGGUGAAUCGGCAGCCUCUGCUUUUCCCAGAAAGCCAGAGAACCGAAAAUCCUGGACUGAAUUAAGUGGCAGUAUUUUUGUUUUGCACUUAACUACUACACACACCCACUGUGUAGAAACCUCCACAGAUUCAAACAAACUUUAUUCUUGUACAACUAAUUUUAAUCAGUUCUUACUGUAAAAUCUGGAGUCAGUGCUUUUUUUUUUAUAAAUAAUAUAUAUGAUGUAUAUGAAAUGUAUAUCUAUAGUAUGUCUGUUCGGAGACAGACAAGACUGCACAUGAAAAUGCAGAUAAAAGUGGUUUGUAGAAAAUCAUAAGGUACUGGACUUGGAUACACAGCAACUUAGGUAAUCAUCUGAUAGACGAGCAGAUGAAAAAGAUUUGAUUGCCUAAGAACGAGGUCGCAAAUCCCUCUUUGCAGAAAAGGUUCCAGAAAGCCGUUCUUUACAACCAAAGAACUUAUGUAAGACUGAACGUGUUUGCUGUCCAUUCUUGUUUCAUGUGUACAUAUCUGUCUGACUGCAAGUUUGGUGCCAUAUUCCUCUUGGCUGCCAGGCCCCUUGUAGCUAGCUGUUCUCUGUCCUGUUGCAUAAGCACACUGAAAAACCCCACAGCUAUCCUCCGUGGUCUUCCACCUGGCCCGGCACCUGCUGACCAGACAUGGUACCGGAACUGUUGACACUGCCUGGGGCUCCGACUCCAGCCUUCCUCGUCCCUUGGUUUGGCCUGGCCAGGCAGGUGGGAUGCGGAGAGCAGUAUUACUGUAGGAAAACACGAGGACACGCCUGGAGUUGGGUUUGGGGAGGGAGGGGGAUGUUGAUUUUUGUCUUUUUGUGGGUUUUUUUUCCGUUUUGGAUUGGUAGGUUCCGUUGUGUGGUUUUGCUGUUGUUACUUUACUUCCAUUGUUGGGAUGAGCUCUACAGGUCACAGGUGCCCGCUCUGCCAUGUUUGCAGCAGACGAUUGAGCGCAGAGGACCCCACUGUCCACGUCUUCGCUUGCAGAGUUCUGCAAGGGAUGACAUGUGUGGAGAUUGUGACUGGAGUACUUUAUGCACCUGUUCUGUAGAAGCCUGUGGGAUUGGUGUGGAUGUACAGCAACAGAUGCCUUGUGGGAGAGAGAAAAGGCGUACAGCCUGCUGUACCUUUUUCUUUAAGUUCUUAGCAUCAGUAAAUGAGUAAGAUUUUGGAGACUAAUGAAAAGCUGCUGUUCAUGAUUUUGUGUAUAGUGAGCCGACUGUAAUAUUUUACUAUUGUCUGUUUAAAAGAAAAAAAGAAAAACUGUAAUUUAUAUCCCCUUUCAACUUUAUUGUAUUUAAUUGGUUCAGACUGUGUGUGUGUGUGUGUGUGUGUGUGUGUGUGUUUUAGAAUACAGACUGCCUAAUUCAGGUUUUAAAACAUCAA